AUGCAGCCCGAUCAUGCCAGCAGACCUAUCUGGGUAUGUGAAAACGGGCGGAUCAUCUUCGAGACCUUUCAUCCGCAAGCCGCGCAAGUAGCCGACUUCCUUAUCGCAGUCUCAGAGCCAGUGAGUAGGCCGCAGAUCGUGCACGAGUACCAGAUCACGGCAUUGUCCUUAAAUGCUGCCAUUGCCAACGGAAUUGAUGUAGAGCAGAUCAUCAAGGUACUGCGGAAGCUGUCGAAGAAUGUUGUAGACGAGAACUUCUUGGAGUUCAUCCGGGAGAAGGGCAAAUCCACAGGAAAGCUUCGACUUAUCCUCAGAGAUGGCAGACACUUCUUGGAGUCGGAAGACGGCCCGCUUCUACGGCAUUUGUGCAGCAAUGCUGAUGUGGCCGCAUGCCUGGUUGAGGAACUGGCUCAAGAAAGCCACGUGGUGGAGGUGGACUCCAUGAAAGUGGAAAAGUUGAAGCUGGCAGCUCAUCAACUGACCUUGCCCUUGCUUCAAGAGUACGAGUUUCGACGGGACCGGGAAGACACCAACCCUCAACUGGCUGCAGUCCUCAGGCCAACGGUGAAUCUCCGACCAUAUCAGCAGCGAGCACUCUCCAAAAUGUUUUCUGUGGACGAUGUCGCCAAGAGUGGCAUCGUGGUGCUUCCUUGCGGUGCUGGCAAGACACUCGUUGGCAUUGCCGCUUGCUGCCGCGUGGGCCGGCGAGCAUUGGUACUGACCACUACGGCCGUGGCCGUCGACCAGUGGCGGCGCCAGAUCCAGCUCUACACCAGCCUGCCUCCGGAAGAUGUCUACACCCUCACAGCCGAGCAGAAGCGUCCGAUCGAGGAUGCUGACCGCCGUGCCUGCAUUGUGAUUUCUACGUACAGCAUGCUCGGAUUCACUGGUCGCAGAGGGGGAGAUACACAGUUUAUACUGGAUCAGCUGCAGCAACUGGAGUGGGGUUUGCUGGUGGUUGACGAGGUGCAGGUCAUGCCAGCGCGAACCUUCAGUCGGCUGGCCGCAAACAUCGGGGUUUAA